GCUGUAAUAAAAAAGGGAGGAGGGAGGAGGAGAGAAAGAGAAGGAGAAAACAACAAGAGGACAAAAGAUUGUCAGGUUGGACAAACAGCAAACUUUCGGUGAAGAAGAAGAAGUCAUGGGAAUCUUUCCAGUCGUCCUCCUGCUCUGUGGUCUCCAUGCUGGAGUUCAGACUCAGGACAGCGAGAUCACUCCGCCUCCUGCUGGAAACCUGCCAGCCGACUGCAGGGAGGAGAUGUAUCCUUGCACCAGGAUGUACUCGGUGCAUCGGCCCAUCAAGAGGUGCAUCGGGGGGCUGUGCCUCUACAGCCUGCCCCGGGUCUACGUGAUCAACAAGGAGAUCUGCUCCAGGACCGUGUGUCGGCACGACGAGGACGUCCGAGCCGAGAUCUGCAGGGAACUGUCCGGCUGGCCCCGACGCGUCCAGAGGUCACCCGGCGGGAAGCGCUGUCGCCAUCGCCGCGGCGACCUUAAAACCUGGGCCUGAACGUGGUGUCCCGGGCCCAAAAGUCCAAAGUCCAACAUUGGACACCUGCGGGCUAACUUUAGAAGUGUCAUAAAUCAUCCACACCGCGUCUGGAUUACGUCCCUCGCUUUAAACCGGAGCGAAGAACGCACCGAUAUUGACUUUCAUCCACGAUAAGAUCUGCUCAGUGAUGCCACCUGGUGGUGGUCUGAGCACACUGCAGCUAGCACAACCCCCACUCCUUCUCGCUUCACCCACUCGCAGGAUUCUCACAGGAAUGAGGCAAAACCUACUGUGGAUCGGGUCAUAUAUAUAUAUAUAUAUAUAUAUAUAUAUAUAUAUAGUAAAAGUUUUGUCCUACAGGAUAAAAAAAAAUGAAAUUUUGUAUUGAUUUUAAGGAUGAAAAAUACCAAACUGGACCUUGCACGCUUUGAUUUUUGACUGUGCCGUUGCCUGUGGAAAAAGUUAGGACACCCCAUAAUCUAUAUUAUUUCAUAAUCACACCGUAGAUGAUUCUUGUCAUAACGUCACAAUGUAUUCUUAUGAUAUUCACCCCAAAAGAGACUUUUUGUCUCUGUGGAGAAAUAAAAAGACAUAUGGCGGUU